GCCAACGCCGCGGGCCAGCAGGGCGUUCAGGCUGCUCUCGUUGCCGUGCUGGAUUACUCUGGAGGCGGGGGCACCUUGGACGCGGCCUCGGGGUUGCCGCUCAUCACCACCCAGCACGUCCAGUGCGCCAGGCGCAUGCUCGACAUCAGCAUUGCCAUCCGGACCAUAUGGCGAGCUGCUCUGGACGAAGACGGCGACGCUGCCGACGGCGAGAGCGACGGCGACAACGAGCCAGGGCGUUUGGCGCGCCCUGUUCGGGGUCACUAUCACCCUCAUGCGUACGCCGCGCCGCUCUCCACGCAGGUGCCAGCUUGCCCGGCGGCGCCCCAGGGCCCGGUUCCCGCUGGCGGCCUGGUGGCUGACGUUGCGCGCCCUGCCGCGCGGGCUGGCGGCGGCAAUGUCGACGUCUGGCAGCCCGCCAGUCCGGGCGCCGCGGAGAGCGAUCUGGCCGGUGCCCCCCCGACAGGAGGCGAGGCGCCGGGCUCGGGCGAGCGCGCGCUGACGUUCGCGGACUUGGCGGGCGAGGCGCAAUUCGACAAUCAGGGCCUUGGCGAAGAGGGGGCCAUGGUUUUCACGAAGGCAGCUUUCAAGGACAGAGAGCUCAUCCGUCGUGUGCUCCUGACCGGGAAAAGCCAGAUUUCCGUGAACGCCUGCGUCGACCUCUACAGCGUGGCCGUGUCGGACCAAGAGGCCCCCGCAAAGCGGAAGAGGCGAGCGCGCCCGUCCAAGCCCGAAGCGGUGGCGGUGCUUAAGGCGGCCUUCGAGCAGUUCCCGCGCCUGGGGGAGUGCCAGGAGCAGAACGGCGAGGUGUUUCUCAAGGGCUGGCCCGACUCAGAACUUGGGAGGACGCUCUUCCACAGCGAGCUCAUGCGCUGCUGCCGCGUGUCACUAAGGCAGCUGUCACAGAAGCGCGCCCAGUUCCACGAGGGGCGCCCGCAGCUCGCUGACGCGACGCCGAGCCGCGCGGCCGGCCCCCCCGCGCAGCCCCCGCCUUCGCGCGGCGCCCGGGCGAGUGACGCCGGCGCUGCCCCUGACGCCCAGUGCUUCUGGCGCCGCGGAGCCG